CUAUCCUAUUGACAUUACUUGUCGUCACGUAGAAGCACACUCUUGUCACAACUCUGAGUUUCUGGCUUCUUGUGCAAACAGUGGGUCUGGCAGUUGCCGCUUCCUCCCAGCACUGGCUGGUGCUUUCGCUGUCAUCCGUCCCCUGGCUGUCAUCCGCCCCCCUGGCUGGCACAGUGGCUUUCUCACUCUGCGUUGUUUCCACCUGUGCUCUACCAAAGUGGAUUCCAAAGGGAAAAGCGGGAUGGCGUGAGGGUCUUCUACCUGGCCUGUGUCCCCCACCGCUGUUGCCUGCUGGAACCCUAUGGGCAGGUGUUCUCUCUGCUCUGGAUGCAUGGGCGGCCCUUGCGCUCGAGCGAGCCCUGGGUUUCUGGUCUUCCUAGACUUUUCUUUUAAACAGCCGAUGUGGGAUGAGUCAUGGUUUCCCUCUAUCCAGGUACAUGGGUUCCCUGCUGACACGAGAUUCUGCCCUCGUGGGCUGCACGUGGACUGCCCAGUUACUGGUGGAAUAACCCAACCUUUAUCUUUAGGGAACUGGUCCUUAUCGCUAUCAGGUGGGAAGGCAGUGACCACUGUCCUGUUUCACUUCAAAGGUGGCCGAGUUUCGAAGAGGGCCCAUGAUCUUUGCAAUCAAAUGAGGGGAAAGUACUGGAUUCUUCGAGAGGGGAAAGAUGCUGGUAGGAUAAUGACUGUCUCAGGACAUCUGAUGUGCUGGCGUGCUAGGAGUGGCAGCCUGGCGGGGCGGGGCUUGAAGCACACGGGGGAUAGCGUGCAAAGUCAGAGCCCAUAUGGUGAGUUUGGUGCUCGCCCUCUUGGCCUCUGCAGUGAGGGGGCUUCCGGGUUCUUUCCUAGGCACCCGUUGGCCACCUUUUUCCACCUAUUUUUCCGAGUAAGUGCCAUUGUCACCUAUGUGUGCUGCGACUGGUUCAGCAGAAGCUUCGUGGGCUGCUUUGUCACCGUGCUCCUCCUCCUGUCCUUCGACUUCUGGUCUGUGAAGAAUGUAACUGGGAGACUCAUGGUGGGCCUCCGCUGGUGGAACCAGAUAGACGAAGAUGGGAAAAGCCACUGGAUUUUUGAAGCCAGAAAGGCCUCUCCGAACCAGAUCGCUGCCACCGAGGCGGAAGCUCGCAUCUUCUGGCUCGGUCUCAUCAUCUGCCCGCUCAUUUGGAUCGUGUUCUUUUUUAGCACCUUAUUCUCCUUGAAGCUCAAGUGGCUGGCCCUGGUGAUAGCGGGGAUUUCUCUCCAAGCCGCGAACCUGUAUGGCUACAUCCUUUGUAAGAUGGGAGGCGAGAGUGACAUCAGCAAAGUCGCAGCCAGUUUUCUGUCCCAGACGGUGUUCCAGACGGCCAGCCCAGGUGACUUCCAGAAGCCUGGCCUUGAGGGGCUGGAGAUUCACAAGCAUUAGGCGUCUCUCCUGAGGCCGUAGUGGCUUAAGCAAGAGGCUGUCCUUCCGCAAGCUUCCAGCAGAGAAGAACUCCCUGACCAACCAGCUGUCCGUUUUCCGGAAGCAGGCCUUGGGGAGAGGUUUGAGGAGACAUUUUUAUUCUUAAGACAGCGUGUUUGUAAAGAAUGCCUUUAUAUGUAUGUGGAAAAGUAUACAAAUAAUACAAUUAAAGUGUCUGCAAAAAUGA